UAAAUUGAAGGUGAUUGUGUGGCAUUUUAUUGUUAAUAGUUUGUUGUUAGACGGGUAGGUAUAUAAACAUCAGUGGUUGGGAAUUAGGCAUCAGUUGAUCCUAAUCGGUCAGACGAACCAAAUCAACACAGACCACAAUGUUCAAGCUGGUGGUGUUGUUCGCUUCUGUGGCUUUGGCGGCGGCCAAGCCUGGCGUGGUGGUCCCCGUGGCCUACAGCGCGGCGGUGCCAGCCGUGAGCUCCGUGUCCCAGUACAGCAGCAGCGUGGUGCAUGGCUCCCCCGUGGUUCCCGCCGUGUACUCGUCAGCUGUUGUUCCCGCUGCGUACAGUGCUGUGGUUCCCGCUUACGGCUACGGUCUGUCCCAGGCUCCGCACUCACCCGCCGUCGUCUUGGAUGCCGUGAACGGAGUCCCCCUCGACACGCCUGAGGUGGUCGCCGCCCGCGCCGCCCACUACCACGCGAAGGCUCUGUCUGGCCAUCACCUGCGCAAACGAUCCGUUGCUGCUGUUGCUCCCGUGGCAUACAGCUCGUACGUGUCUCCGGUCUCCGCCGUUGCUUACUCCUCUCCCGUCGUUUCUCCUUACUCCUCUGUUGUAUCUCCUUACUCGGCGGUAGUUUCACCUGUCUCUUACUCCGCUGUAGUCCCUAAGGCUUACAGCGUCCAUCCCUGGUAAAAAUCCACUGAUGUGUAUGUAUACGAGUGUGAUAUG